AUGGGGAAGCAUAAGUCGGUAGAGAAAGAGAGAAGUGUAAAACAGUCAUCGAAGCACAAGCACAAACACAAGCACAAAGAGCAUGAAGGUGGUAGCAAAAAGGCAUCUUCUCUUGAAGCCUCUGUUGUUCAUUCGGCAAAUGCAUGGGAAGACGUCAAAUUCGAUUCCAACGAUCGUAAGAAAAAGUUUCUGCGAUUAAUGGGUGCUCAAAAGCAACGGAAGCACACAGGUAGCAUCCAGAUAGGCGAGAAGGCUGUUACUCACAAACGUGCUGGAGUUGGUGUUGAAGAAAUUGGUAAGGAUCUGGAGCGGCAAUUUACUGAGGGAUUGGAGCACAAGUCCUCCUGGAGCCGUCACGCUGGCCUUGGCUGUUCUAAUGAAAAUUCUUCUCCCCAUGGCGAACCUGCUCGACCUAAUAAAGAUGAGGAGUCCGAAGUCCCACAUUUGGACGACAAAUACACGGUGAAAUUUGUAAAAAGCUCAGAUCAGUAA